AUGCCCCGGACCGCCGACGCAACCAAGAUCUGCUUGUUCCAUGCCAACCAGGGACAUUCCACUAAGGACUGCACCACCCUCAGAGAAGAACUCAAGAGGCUCAUUCGAGUAGGAUAUCUCCGUCAAUUCAUGAAAGAAGAACCCAAAUCACGUAAAAGAUCUCCCAGAAGAGAAAGAAGUCCCAAACGGAUUCAUGACACUAAUGUCCGCCCAAGAGACUGUUCCCGAAGUCGCCCAAGGGAGAGAGAUCACUCCCGAAGUUGUCCCAGGAAACACACGAGACAAAGAAUGAUUAGGGGCCGAAAGAAAACCAUCUCCGGAGGCUUCGCCGGAGGAGGAGUCUCUUCAUCUGCCCGGAAGAGACACUUGAGAAAUCUUCAGAGCGUCAACAAUAUAAGGCAUAAUUCUUUGUCCAUGCCCGAUAUUAUAUUCACGGAUGUAGACUUCCAUGCUCUAGAACCCGACCAGGAUGAUCCAAUGGUAAUCACUGCCGAAAUAGCACUAUACGAUGUCAACAAAGUUCUAGUCGUCCAGGAUAGCUCGGUCAAUAUACUGUAUUGGACGACAUUCCUGAAAAUUGAUUUGUCAGAAGAUAUAAUAUGCCCAUUCAACGAGCAAAUUGUAGGUUUCGUAGGCGAAAGAGUUGACACCCGCGGGUAUCUCGACUUGAGAACUCGGUCGGGGACACAAGACAAUGCAAAAAAACUAAGAGUUUGGUUCCUGCUGGUUGAAGCCAAUACCUCCUAUAAUGCCCUCCUAGGGAGACCUUGUUUGAACGCUUUCGGAGCCAUCGUAUCAACACCUCACCUAACAAUGAAGUUCCCGUCGAACAAAGGGACGAUAUGUACUGUAAAGGCAGAUCAGAAAACAGCACGACAGUUUUAUGUCGCUGGCCUAAAAUUCACACCCUAUAUUUCCAAGAGAAGAUCAAAGGGGGCAUGA